CAUUCUCACUCCGACUUCAUCACAUAUCAACGUUUGGUCAUGGACUUUCCUAGGUGCGUUGGUUGUUGAAGUUCUGGGACGCUGUGUCAAGUUCUGCCUGUUACAUGGAUUGUCUUCUUUCAAAAUACACUUCCGUAUUCACAGGAAAUUUACCGUUCAGUACAGUCUCUUUCAAAAUAAAUAUACGAUGUUGGUAAAACACCACAAAUUUACGUUGUUUUUUUUUUGCCUUAAACAACUAACGCACGUGGUUGGGUUCAGGAAAAAAGAAGAGGGUUCGGGUUCUGCCCAAGCGCCAGAUUUCAACGACUUCAGAGUGAGACCGGGUUAUUUUAGGGCUCUUUCUAGUUGAACAAAAGGAUCUUACUCUUUAACAAAAGGUCUCUCACUGUAGGGAUCCUUUCCAUAAUGUUGUCGGACACUUAUAAUAACCAUGUGAGCCUGUCAGUGACUGCAGCCUGUUUUGGUGCUACUUGCUGCAGCCCUUUCAUUCAGUAUUGCACCAAUUUCAUAAUGUUUGUUCCACUUAAAUGUUCCUUUUUUUUUUGGAUAUUAUGAUAGCACGAAGGGAAACUCCCACAGGAGAGACUUUACCAAAAAGUUUUUUACACUCAUGAACUGGAAGUGGAUUUAAUCCUGAUUCACUGGGCGAUCAGUGUGGAACAAACCCAAGACAUGUCCUCUCUUUCACACAUGCUCACUUCACAAGAAUAUUUUUUCAUUUAAUUGUAAUAAUUUGUAAAAUUCUAAGAAGCAAUUAGUUUUGCACUUUUCAGAAUCAGAAAAUAAUACAAUAAAAAAAAAAUCAUCAAACAUGAUACUAAUGACUAAAAAACAAAAAGAUGACUCCCUGAACAGGAGGUCCCAAUAACAAUAAUAAUAAUGGCAGCAAAAUAUUGUUAAAGAUAACAUUUAAACUGCAAAUAAGGCUGUAAAAAUCACUACACAACAAGUAAGGCUGCUGGCAAAGGAGGGAGGGAGGCACUGACGUCAAGUAAGACCCAACAGAUAUUUACCAAACUCCAAUCAACACUAUAGUCUUGUUAGUCGGCCCAGCUUUGGUGGUGAGUACUUUUUUCAUUGCUCCUCUUCAUUUAGGCUACUUUAUAUCAUUAUUAUUUAUAUAUGGUCCUUCAUUGCGUUUUCUGUGUAAUUAUAGGAUUGCAGAUGUAGCCUUCUGAAAGGCAUUAAGCUUCCACGUUGCAUAAUCUUAAAUGUUAUCAAAAAAUGCAUUUGCAAUGAGAGAAAUGUGUGUUUUUAGUUGCUGCUGCGCUCUUCAAACAGCUACAUUUUUAAUGAGGCAUAAUCAAUAUUGUUAGUAAACUUUACUGAUAAUCAAUAGCAGAAACAGCUGACCCAGCUGCAUCCUCUGCAGAUGGUCCCAGUGCUCCAGAACAUACCUGUGGCCACAGUGUUCGUGCUGAGCUGCAUGUGUGCCGUGCAGCUGCAGGGCCAGAAGCCGGCUCAAGUCGACCCCCUGACGGCCCACCGGUCCAACCCGCAGUGCUGGGACUCCUCCUCGGCUCUGCUGCUGGAGAUGCGCUCCCCGAGGAUCGCUGACACGGUGCCCGCCUUCUGGGACCUGAUGGUCUUCCUCAGGUCGUCAGACAACGGUAAACACACGGCGUUGUUCUGGGACCUGGCCCGGGUCUUCUGGGACCUCUAUCUGGACUGCGUCCUGUCCAAGAGUCACGGCCUGGGGCGCAGACACGUCACCGCUGUGCACUCCCUCAUCACUGACAAGUCCUUCAGAUUCAACAGCUCAGGAGCAAACUCCCAGGCGUGGCUCAGUGUCAGAGUGAGACGCAGAGGACACAUCAAGACCCUGAAGACGGAACCCAAGUCAAAGUCACAUCACCACAAAUAAUUCUUAUUCUUGUUAUUUUUCCAGGAUUGUUGAUAUUUUCUCCCCCAAUGAAAAAAUAAAAUAUUUCAACAGCGGGCUUUGUUGUCAUACUUUAUGACCUGACAGUAAGGUGUGCUGAUAAAUAAAAAAGAAUGGACACCUUGAAGUGUGUCAUUACUUUAUCUGACAAACACUACCCACAGAAUUUAAAGAAAUAUCUAUUUUAAAAGUUUGUUAGCAGUUUGUUUAAUCCUUUCACCCCAGUAAUAGUGCAUGAAGAAUUGUUGCAAUGGUUACCUUCAGUCUAAUACACCUUACACACUGAUUCAAUACACAUUUGAACUAUAAUUUAUGUGCCUUUAUGUUUUACUUUUGCUACCAUGUGUUCCUUUUUUACAUAAGUCCCAAUCAAAGUAAUGUUUGAGGCUAUG